UUUUCCUCGAAACCUUAAAAAAGGAGAAGGAGGGUAAUAAGAAUUAUGGACAACGCUUGCCUUCACUGACAAGGAUCAGAACACAUUUUAGUAACGAUCAAGAAACAUAUUUCGCUAGCAUUAAGCCAGAUGAAAAUAGAGUCAGCACCAAGCUCCUUGCAACAAGAGAAAUUGGAGACUACUGGACUGAGAAACCGCCUAAGAGGAAUAUUCAUGUUAUAGUCGAACCGCCAGAGACUAUUGCCACUUCGAGCCGAGAGCAGGAAUUACUUGACCGCAUCGCAUCGUUGGAAGCAUCGCUCAAUAAGUCCGUCUAUGAGUUCGACGUUAUCAUUAAACCGAAACAGAAGGCAAAUAAGUGGAUAGCGAAUAUCGAACAUGCAACUCUCAAAGACCUUAAAGAAUACAUACGAGGAUUGUAUAAAUCACCAGCGCUUGAAAAUGAUAAGGCGGUACUUAACUUCAUGAAUGAUGAGAGGAGAUAUUAUCCUAGGAAUGAUGUUUCGUUCCAGGAGAUUUUGCGGUCGCUAAUUUCAAAAAGCAACCCUAAAUUUACCGUAUUCAUCGAGACACCAUCAAAACCUUUCAAUUUCUGGACCUUCCAGAAAUCCGCGAUCAAGCAUCUAAUGGCUGAAUUGGACCUUCGUAAAAAGACAACCCCAUUGGUAUUGGCAUAUGAGGCAACGAAAUCUAUCUAUUCGUACUGUUACUUAGCCAGCGGUGUAUCAUUGUUCGAGAAUAAUUUCAAAAUCGUACUGGAGAAACUUGUCAAGGGACAUAACGGUCAGGGAAACCUAGAUUUGGCGAUAGAAUGUCGUUCAACCAGAAGGAUAGCUGGAUUAGUCAAGGUCAAAAGAGAUGACUUUAAACAGGGUAUCGCACAAGCCACUAUGCAGAUGGAAUCAUCUCUAACUUGCCGUAAAUGCAAAGCUAGUGAAAUUGAUGAUGAAAAAAAAAUGGAUAUAGUAUGGGGUAUAGUGACUGAUGCGGAAAAAUGGUACUUUAUGGAGUGUACGUUUGAUAAAGAAAAAAAGCCAGCGUUUAAGCUAUCGAAACCUGUGAUUGUUGAAUAUGAUGAUGAGAAUUUGCAAGCUAAGGUAGAAAAAGUCCUUGCUUAUAUUGUUUGGUUGUUGGAUGAGACACAGAAGCUGGUAGAAAUUUUUUGA